AUCAUGUUUCCAUUGCCUACAUUCCCCAACAUUGAUUAUUCUUUUCAUUCCUAGACUAUUCACCAAUUACUCCAAACCUCAAACUGCAAAAAACAUGAGCCUGAGAUCCUUGUUUUCCAUUUCUUUAUUGUCCAGCCUAAUAUGCUUGUUCAUGACACCAUCAACAUGUCAGAACGUGACAGCAAAAAAGAUAGAUGUCGGGGUCAUUUUAGAUAUGGAUACAUAUGUUGGGAAGAUGAGCAAAACAUGCCUCGAGAUGGCGAUCCUCGAUUUCUACACUGCACAUGGUAAUUACACUACAAGAUUAGUCCUUCACAUGAGAAACGCAAUGGGCGAUGCCGUGAUGGCUACAUCUGCAGCGAUAGAAUUGUUAAAGAAUUACCAAGUCAAGGCCAUUCUAGGGCCUCAACAAUCAAGACAAGCAGAUUUUAUAGCUGAUAUCGGGAAGACAUCUCAGGUUCCCAUAAUUUCCUUCACUGUGACAAGCCCUUUGCUUUCACACCUUGAAACUCCCUACUUCAUCCGAAUGGCACAAGUGGACACCUCUCAGCUAAAAGCUAUAGCUGCCAUUGUCAAUGCCGUCAGGUGGCGUGAAGUUGUACCUAUUUAUGAACGCUCUCAUUACGGAAGUGGAAUUAUCUCUGGUCUUGCCGAUGCCAUGCAAGGAAUCGGUACAAGAAUACCGUACCGGUGUGGAAUCUCUCCUUCAGCUACGGAUGAUCAGAUCCUGAAAGAGCUCUACAAUUUAAUGACUAUGCAAACACGUGUUUUCAUUGUGCAUAUGUUGCCGAAUCUUGCAUAUCGACUUUUUCUCAAGGCAAAGGAAGCAGGAAUGAUGAGCAAAGGAUAUGCCUGGAUAGUCACGGAUGGGAUUGCAAGCCUUCUCGGCUCCAUGGAUACCGACGUCAUCAAUUCUAUGCAAGGAGUUAUAGGGGUGAAGACUUACAUUCCUCAGACGAAAGAGCUAGACCAAUUCUCGAAGAGAUGGGAACAGCGAUUUCAUGAGGAAUAUCCAGGGAUAGACCAUGUUCAGCUCAAUACCUAUGGCCUAGGUGCCUAUGAUAGCAUUUCUGCUUUAGCAAUGGCAGCAGAAAAGGCCAAUAUAGCGAACUCACAAUUUAGUAUACCAGCCAUCCGGGAUAAUAUGACUGAUCUGGAAACCGUUGGUGUCUCAGAGGCAGGGCCAAAGCUCCUCCAGUCAGUUUUGAACACUAAAUUCACCGGAUUAAGCGGCGAAGUUUAUUUCAAAUAUGGACAAAUGCCAAUAUCUGCCUUUCAGAUAGUAAACUUGGUUGGAGAUGAUACGACACCAAUUGGACCUUGGACAGAGAAUGGCAUCACAGAUCAACUUCUUGCCAGCAAUGAGAACUCAAUCAGAGAGAAGAAUUAUCUGAAGAAAAUUGUUUGGCCUGGUAAAUCAAGAAUAAUCCCAAAAGGUUGGGAUAUUCCGGCAAAUGAGAAGAAGUUGAGGGUUGGAAUCCCGGUAAAAAGAGGAUUUAGCCAAUUCAUAAAUGUGACAAGAGAUCCUCUGACAAAUGCUCCCAUUGUCACUGGUUAUUGCAAAGAUGUGUUUGAAGCUGUCAUGAAUUCAUUGCCGUAUGCUGUUCUGUAUGAGUAUGAACCCUUCGAGACUAGUGAAGGCAGUGGAGAGAGUGCAGGAAAUUAUGAUGAUCUUGUUAAAAAGGUCUCCACUGAGGAAUAUGAUGCUGUUGUUGGUGACAUAACCAUUAGGACGAACCGAACCAAUUCUGUGGAUUUCACCCUUCCUUACACAGAGUCAGGUGUGUUCAUGAUUGUUCCAAUCAAGGUUGAUGAUAAAAAAAGUGCAUGGAUCUUCUUGAAACCACUGAAGACAGAAGUGUGGAUAACCACAGGAGCCUUCUUUCUGUACACCGGGAUUGUAGUAUGGGUUCUUGAGCACCGGGAGAACAAAGAAUUCAGAGGACCUCCAUCCAAACAAGUUGGAAUGAUCUUGUGGUUCUCUUUCUCUACAAUGGUCUAUGCCCACAAGGAAAGGGUAGUCAGCAACUUGUCGAGAUUUGUGUUGAUCGUAUGGAUCUUUGCUGUCCUAGUACUGUCGUCGAGUUACACAGCAAGCUUGACCUCUCUGUUAACGGUACAACGGCUCCAACCGACAAUCACAGAUAUCAAUGCUCUCAUAAGGAAUGGAGAGUACAUUGGGUACCAGGAGGGUUCUUUCAUUCUGGACCUUUUGAAAAACUUAAAUGCAAAUGAGUCCAAGCUCAGACCGAUGAGGACUUUAGAGGAAUUUAAUGAGCAACUUUCUAAAGGCAGUAAUAAUGAUGGUGUAUCUGCAAUUGUGGAUGAACUCCCUUAUCUCAGGCUGCUUCUCGCUCAGUAUUGUUCAAAUUAUAAGUUGGUCAGUCAACUCAACAAGACUGCAGGUUUUGGAUUUGCAUUUCCGAAGGGCUCACCACUAGUUCCAGACGUAUCGAGGGCAAUCCUGAAAGUCACUGAGUCGUCUGACCUGACUUUAAUUAGAAAAGCAUGGUUUGGCGAUCAGGACGAGUGUUCAGAGGAAGACGAGACCACUUUAACCUCCAACAGCCACACGCUGGACAGUUUCAGGGGCCUUUUCCUCAUCGCAGCGCUUUCCUCAACCUCUGCGCUUGUCAUCUUCUUGAUCCAUUUCUUCUACGAGAACGGACACAUCUUAGCCUCCCAGCAACCGGUGAAGCAAAAAGUCGCGGCCAUUGCGAAGAAAUUUGAUGAGAAGAAGGAAGACGCCCAUGAGGCGGCAAAGAAGGAAAAGACCAAAGAAGAAGAAAUCGAAAUGGCUGGUAGAGGAGAAAUCCAUCUCACCCCAGGUGCAACCAGCUUUUCCAAUCAUGAAGACGGUCUGUUAUCACCAGAUGAGGGCUUAUCAUCCACGGAACCUGGAACCCCGUAUCACGAGUAUGCUGUUAGAGGGAUGAAUGGAGAUGGGCACAGAAACUACUCUUUUCACUCCAACUCUGAUUCUUUCUCGUAUGAUAAAAUCUAAUUUCACUAACCUCGAUAGCAGUGUCCAUAGUUAUGAGGGGCAAAGGUUUUUUCUUUUCAAUCUUCCAUUUGUAUUCUUCAGAGAUGUAAUGGUUUACAGUUGCAUGAUAAAGGAAGGAAGCCAUAGUGGCUCCUGCGUCUUCGCAGUUAAAA